CGUAGGGGCGCGGUCCCGGGUGAAAGGGCAGGGCUUGCUUGAGACCCUUCCCCCUCGCCUCGACGGAGGCCCGAGGCGAAGCGGGAGCGAGAGAGACUCCCACGACACCUCAGCAAAGGAGUGUGGGCCCACACCUGGAGUGAACGAAGCCCGCCUCUUCCCUACCUCCGCCUCGCCUUCCGGGUGGCUGGGGAAGUGCCCCAGGGCGAGCACUAGCUGAGGGGCGGAGCGAGCCGAGCGCCCGAACCGCCCCCGAGCGAGAUCUCCGUUCCACGGCGGUGGCGCCCGCUCGAGUUGACGUUAGCUAUGGAAACGCGGAGAUGCCUCGGGUGCGAUCGCCGUGAGCUGGUUGCCUGGCCGCUGGAGCUUCUCCGCCUCUGCGUUCGGGUCGCAGGCAGCCUCCGGGCGGGAUCGCCCAACCCGGGUUUACCUGCAAAAAUGCAGUUCCCGGGAUUCCUUCGCGUCGCCUCUUCCCUCGGGUGACUCGAGAGACUGCUGUAUUACAGAAGAGGAUGUGACUUUCAGAAUAAUCCUGAAUGAGAAGGAUGAGUCCAGAUGUGCCUCUACUGAAUGAUUACAAACAGGACUUCUUUCUGAAGCGCUUUCCGCAGACUGUUCUUGGAGGCCCUCGGUUCAAAUUAGGCUAUUGCGCCCCUCCUUACAUAUAUGUUAAUCAAACUGUCCUUUUUCUGAUGCCAUGGGUUUGGGGUGGAUUAGGAACACUCUUGUAUCAGUUGGGCAUUUUGGAAGACUAUUACACAGCAGCUCUUUCAGGUGGACUAAUGCUUUUUGCUGCAAUUAUCAUCCAGUUCAUAAGUUUGUAUGCCAGAAACAAAUCGGUGACAGUAGAAAGAAUGCUAACCACAGAUAUCUUAGCAGAGGAAGAUGAACAUGACUUUACAAGUUGUGCUGGCACUGAAACUAUCAAAUUUCUAAUUCCUGGCAAGAAAUAUAUAGCCAAUACAGUUCUUCAUUCUUUUCUUGCUGGGUUAAUGUGUGGUCUUGGAACAUGGUAUCUGCUCCCAAACAGAAUAUCCCUGCUGUAUGGCAGUACAGGAGGUACUGUUCUGCUGUUUGUCUUUGGAUGGAUGACAUUAUGUAUAGGAGAAUAUUCGUUAAUUGUAAACACAGCUGCAGAGACUGCGACUUUCCAAACCCAGGAUACUUACGAAAUCACUCCUCUUAUGAGACCUCUUUAUAUUUUUUUGUUUGUUUCUGUAGAUCUUGCACACAGGUUUUUGGUAAAUAUACCAGCUCUAGAACAAGUGAAUCAGAUUUUACACAUCUUAUUUAUAUUUUUACCCUUUCUGUGGGCACUAGGGACUCUGCCCCCACCUGACUCACUUUUCUUAUGGGCGAUGGAGCAGGUUUUAGAGUUUGGCCUUGGAGGCUCAUCUAUGUCAACACACCUCCGGUUGUUAAUAAUGUUCAUCAUUUCUGCUGGAACAGCUGUAACAUCGUAUUUCAUUCCCAGCACUGUUGGUGUGGUUCUUUUCAUGACUGCACUUGGGUUCUUACUGAGUCUUAACCUAAGUGACAUGUGUCUUGUCUUCAAACACAGUGUGACUAGACACAGAGUUGGAACCAAAUCUAAGGCUUUACCCAGUGGUUCAGAAAAACAGUUUACUUGGAAGGAGUGCCUUUUCUACAUCAUCAUAUUAGUCUUGGCUCUCAUAGAAACUAGUCUGCUGCAUCAUUUUGCUGGUUUCUCACAGAUUUCCAAAAACAGUCCUCAGGCUGUUGUUGGCUAUGUUUUGAUGAUAUUGCUUAUAAUACUGUGGAUACUUAGAGAAAUUCAAAGUGUUUGUAUCUUUGGAAUUUUCCGAAACCCUUUCUAUCCAAAGGAUGUGCAAACUGUGACUUUAUUCUUAGAAAAGCGAACAAGGCUUGUGAAGAUUGGUGUUGUCAGACGGAUUUUGCUAAAUCUAGUAUCACCCUUUGCUAUGAUAGCAUUUCUUUCAUUGGACAGUUCCUUACAAGGGCUCCACUCUGUGUCUGUCUCCAUUGGAUUCACGAGAGCUUUUAGAAUGGUAUGGCAGCAUACAGAAAAUGCUUUAUUGGAGACAGUCAUUGUAUCAGUAGUACACUUGUUCAUCUCCAGUACGGAUGUGUGGUGGAACAGAAGUGUGGAUACAGGAAUCAGACUCUUACUAAUUUUUACAUCUCUACAGGUUGGCAUCAUGCGUGAUCGUCUCAUUCAGUUCAUCUCUAAGCUGCAAUUUGCUGUGACUGUACUUUUGGCAUCGUGGACUGAGAAAAAACGUCGAAAGUCAACCACCACUUUAUGUAUUCUCAACAUUGUCUUCUCUCCAUUUGUGUUGGUCUUCAUCAUUUUCUCUACACUACUCUCCUCUCCCUUACUCCCCCUCUUCACCCUUCCUUUGUUCUUGGUGGGCUUUCCCCGACCUGUUCAGAUUUGGCCAGGAGCAGUGGGCACCGCGGCCUGCGUGUGUGCAGACACAGUGUACUACGACCAGAUGGUCCCAGGUCUGACCGCUGCACUGCAGGCUGCAAUGGCAGCUGGAAGUUUAGGUCUCCUCUUACCUGGAUCUCAUUACUUGGGCCGUUUUCAGGAUCGUUUAAUAUGGAUAAUGAUUCUAGAAUGUGGUUAUACUUACUGCUGUAUUAAUAUUAAGGGGUUAGAAUUGCAAGAGACAUCCUGUCAUACUGCUGAAGCUCAAAGAGUUGAUGAAGUUUUUCAAAGUGCCUUUGAACAAGAAUAUUCAAGAGUAUGUUCUAUUAAUGAACACUUUGGAAAUGUCUUGACACCCUAUUCUGUUUUGCCAGUAAAACUCUAUUCUGAUGCCAGGAAUGUUCUAUCUGGCAUAAUCGAUUCUCAUGAUAAUUUAAAAGAAUUUAAAGGUGACCUUAUUAAAGUACUUGUGUGGAUACUUCUUCAGUACUGUUCCAGAAGGCCUCAUGUGCAGGAGGUUGUUCACAAAACUGAAAAUAAAGGGCAAGCAUCUCUAAUAAUCCUGCCUGCUUUGAAUACUUCACCACAAACCCAAUCCCCAGAAGACUCAGAUAGUUUAAAUUCAGAAAUUUUGGAUGAUUGGUCUGAUGAUAAUGUUUUUGGUGAUGAGCCAACUAUCAGAAAAGGAAAAGAAGAAAAAGAUCAAUUAAAAGUUGUACCAGGUGUAAAUUUUCCUAUUCCAGGAUCAGUAGAGUCUCAGGGUGUUGGUGAGCAUUCUGGAGGCACAGUUCCUGAAAACAGUCUUUACAAGUCAGUUAUAUUGGGAUACCCUGUUGUUGACAAAGGAAAACAAAAAGAUGUGGCAUAUAUCCCCCUUGUGGAGUUCAGUUGUUCUCAUUCUCACUUGUUACGCUUACCUGAAGAGUGGACAUCUAGCUGUUUGCCUAAUUCCAAGAUGAGGGAGAUGAGCUCACUCUUUCCAGAAGAGUGGUACCAAUUUGUGUUAAAGCAGCUGGAAUGUUUUCAUUCAGAAGAAAAUACCUCAAGUGUCCUGGAAGAAAUUGCAAAGGACAGAGUUUUAAAAGACUUUUAUGUUCAUGCAGUAAUGACUUGUUAUUUUAGUUUAUUUGGAGUAGACAAUAUGAUUCCCAGUCCUGGUCAUAUAUUGAGAGUUUACAGUGGCGUUUUGCCUUGGUCUCUUGCCUUGGAUUGGCUCACAGAAAAGCCAGAACUGUUCCAACUAGCACUGAAAGCUUUCAGGUAUACUCUGAAACUAAUGAUUGAUAAAGCAAGUUUAGGUCCAAUAGAAGACUUUAAAGAGCUGACUAACUGCCUUGAAGAAUAUGAAACUGACUGGUACAUUGGUUUGGUAUCUGAUGAAAAGUGGAAGGAAGCAAUUUUACAAGAAAAACCAUAUUUGUUUUCUCUGGGAUAUGACCCUAAUAUGGGUGUUUACACUGGGAGAGUACUUACCCUUCAAGAAUUGUUGAUCCAAGUUGGGAAGUUAAAUGCUGAAGCUGUUAAAGGUCAGUGGGCCAAUCUGUCAUGGGAAUUGCUUUAUGCCACAAACGAUGAUGAGGAACGAUAUAGUAUACAAGCUCAUCCACUACUUUUAAGAAACCUUACAGUACAAGCAGCUGAUCCUCCCCUGGGAUAUCCAAUUUAUUCUUCAAAACCUCUUCACAUACAUUUGUAUUAGAGCCCAUUUUGACUUGUAAGUGUAUCGUCAAAAAUGAGAUGUCUUUAUUUUUUCAUUCUAGAAAAGUAACAAUGUGAUCUCUCAUAACUUCACUGGUCUUCUCUCUCUCCUCCUCCAAGUCAGAUACCUGAGAAAAGCUAAGCUCUGUAAAGUUGAUUCUCUCAGCUAUCUUAAUGUUUAAAAAACUUUGUCUAACACAAAAGUUAGAAAUAGUUGGCCAAUAUUUGCGCCCUAUGGAUUGUGGUAGGCUUUAGCAAAUAUAAAACAUUUGUAUGAGAUUAAGUAAUGAAUUUAUUAAUGCUUUCUUAAAUAUGUGAUAGGUGGCUUGCUUUAUAGAAGUCAACAACUAUGUAAUUUUAACAUUCCUAGAAGAUAUACACACAUAUCAGUGUUUUUAUGUGAUGAUAAUGGAUCCUGUUGAAGGUUGCAUAA